AUGGAUGACCUAUGGCUUCACUGGGUGUCAGGGGAUGGCACACAGCUUUGUUGGGCUGCAGAAGUUGGAGAUAUAGAGAAGUUACAGCGUCUGCUGACUGCAGGGCAGUGCGACAUCAAUGUCCAGGGCUUCGCUGGGAUGACACCACUUCACUGGGCUGCAGAUCACGGUCACACACAAUGUGUCCAGCUUCUCCUCCAACACGGGGCGGAUACCAUGAUACAGGAUUGGGGUGGGAGUUCACCACUUCACUGGGCUGCCGGUAACGGCCGCACACAAUGUGUCCAGCUUCUCCUCGAACACGGGGCCGAUGCCAGUAUAGAGGAUUGGGAGGAGAGGACACCACUUCACUUGGCUGCAGAACAUGGCCACACACAAUGUGUCCAGCUUCUCCUCCAACACGGGGCGGAUACCAGUAUACAGGAUUGUGAUGAGAUGACACCGCUUUACUAUGCUGCAGUUCGCCGCCACACACAAUGUGUCCAGCUUCUCCUCCAACACGGGGCGGAUACCAGUAUACAGGAUAGGUUUUACAAGAGGACGCCACUUCACUGGGCUGCCAGUGGCGGCCACACACAAUGUGUCCAGCUUCUCCUCCAACACGGGGCGGAUAGCAGUAAUCAGGAUAAGGAGAAAAAGACACCAAGAAUGUUGGCAGAAGAAAAAGAGCGCACUGCCGUGGUUGAACUGCUGAGGCGUUUUGAAAUACCAGACAUACAGAUGUAUAUUCAAACCAGGACUCUGGAGUACCUUGCUGAAAUUUUAGACCCUACAGAAUAUCUCAUAUUUAACCUGACCAACUUGGACCCGAACUUUCCUGAAGUCUUUCUAUUGCACAAAAUUCAAGGAUUGAAAGAUUGGGUCGCCAUGAACAAUUAUACCACUAUUAAAGAUAUAAAAGUUGGACUACUGGCUGCAAACUUUCUGCGGCUGUCCAGUGCGGCAGUAGAGUAUUAUGCUGAGAUGGUGAUAAACAUUACAAACAUGCCCCCCGAUGAAUUUGAGGCACUCUGUAGAACCCUGACCACUGCGAAGUACAUGUUCACACAAAGUUCAACAACCCGUAUUCCGCAAGUUACGAGCUCUUCACUGAAUAACCUCCGCUACGACGCAUUCAUUGGACACAGUGGUGAAGACAAGGGCGUCGUAGAACCUGUGGUAGAGCAGCUAGAAAAACAGGGAGUCAGGUGUUGCAUUGGCAGACGUGACUUUCACCUAGGAAAGUCGCUUUCAACUUCUAUUGAAGAAGCGGUUGAUGAAUCAACGUGCACCAUUGUGUUCCUGUCCACAAAUUUCAUGAAGAGCCCGUGGUGUACAAGGGAAAGAGAGCUUGCCAUUCAUAAAGCGGUGGAGUCAAGAGAAAACCCAGUUAUUCCAGUUCUAAUUGAUUACUCUCCGCAGCAAAUCCCUUCUCCUUUCAAAGGCAUAAAAUGCAUUUCAGUCAAGCACCAAGAAUUGAUUCCAAAGUUAAUUGAAGCAGUUAGAGGAUCAAAAAAGUCUCCGACGAACGGAGAGCUGCAAAUCGCGCUUCAGAAUGCACAGGAAGAAAUCGAGUUUCAACGAGACCAAAUCACAGUGUUGACAGGCAAACUUCGACUACAGUGAAGGUAGUAUUUGUGGGACCCUUGCACCGUAUUGGUUGAUACAGUUGAUUAAACUUUUAAAAACUGAUUAUGAUUUUGACAGUUUUGAAACAUCUUGCGUCACCUCAAGAACUACUGUACGUACAUGUGUUUUACUUUCAACAUUAAUUUCUCGUGGAAUAUCAGCGUGUUGUUUAUUCUAGGCCAUGCACAUAUAUUUACUGCAAAAAUUAAAUGAUUGCUGUUUUGCACUCUUCCUUAUCCUAUAAUUCCAAAACUUGAUUUUCGUCAUUGUUGCUCUCUUCCCACUAAGCAUAAGCCUUAUAUGUAGCACCGUCUGUGGUAGCCGUUAGGCAGGUUUAUAAUGUUAUUUAAGAAUAUAUGACAGUGGCGGAUUUAGAAGGGUGGGCUCCUACUCCCGUCCUCUUCGAUUUCUGAAAAAAAUCAAACCAACGUUCCCCUCUUGAAAGUAGAAUUUUGACUAGCUGAAUCGUAGUUCUAUGUCGUACCAAAUGGCACCAUGCGCCCUCUAAAGUACCAAAAGUUUUCAGGGUACUUCAGCGGGCCCAGAACCCUUGCCAAGUAGGGGGUGAGGGUCAGCUUUGCAUCUGCGGACCCCGACCCCUAUAAAUAAUUCUGGAUGCGCCCCUGUAUUAGUAUUUUCUGUUUGUAACGGUAUCGCUUAUAAUGCUUUCUUUUCUAGCCUUAGUAUCAAAAUUUAUGCAUAAAGUAUGCCACAAAAUCUACCAUGUUGCCCUUCAUAUGAGGGCUUUAAUUCUUCUGCUGUAAUAAUGCUUUAUUGCCUAUUCAACAUGCUGGUUAGAUGUUUACUAAGAAAUGUAUAGAUAUGGAUAUAGGGUAGUUCUUGAGUUUUUUUCUCUCGUUGUGUUAGUGAGAUAUCAGUGUAUGGAACAACCAUCGGGUUCACACUACAAACAUUAUACUAUAAAUUAUAGCAGUGUUGAUCAACAAUAUAUAUAUAUAUAUAUAUAUAUUGCGUUUUCCGCAAAAAUAAUAGUUCCCAUAUAUAUAUAUAUUGAUUGAUAUAUAUAUAUGGGAACUAUUAUUUUUGCGGAAAACGCAAUAUAUUAAUACAUCUUUAAUAUAAGCGAAUGUUUUGUGUGUGACAUGUAAUCAUGCUUACCUGUAGUGUAGUAGUACAAUUAAAUCCUUCGAUCCCCUUGGGGUUUAUACUGUACAUGUAGCUUCAAUUCUACACAGUGGGGUUUUUGUUUUGUUUAUUUAUCAAUAUAUAAUUGUUUUGCCGUUGCAUACCACUGUAUACUGGAUAUUAAAUGUGGAUCACAAAUGGUCUGCUCGUAUGUUUGUUUGUGGUCAGUUUUGUUUUCGGUGAGAAAGUUGCAAAUUGUGUAAUGUUUUAUCAAAAAAGGUUAUAUUGACGAGGGUAAAUGUAUACACACUGACUAGCCGAAAACGCAAUAUAUUUUUAUAUUUAAAUAUAUAUCUUACUUAUGUAUAAUAUAUUUUUAGGAUACGAUUCAAAUGUUGUAAGUCAUUCCUUUUUAAUGUGAAAUGCUAUAGAUUUACUUUAUACAGUAGUAUAUCGUGUAGUAUAUCUUAAUAUAUCAUGGUUCUAAACAAUAAAUUUGUUUAAUAAUGUUUGAGUCCUUUGCUAUAGAGUUACCACUCUUUACACAUCAUGGUUCGAAACCAUAAAUUUGGUUAAUCCUGCAAGUUCUUUUUUUAUCUAUAUGAGACAAGCUAGAGAGUUACCAAGUUUAUAGUAUGUCAUCACUUCAUAAGUCAUGGUUCCAAACCAUAGUUUAAAAUCCUUUUCAGUGUGUUUGUGAAAAGUGCGAGUUCUACUAGUGCACUGGUACAUGCAAUAUACGUAGAUGUAUAUUAUCACCUCGUAUCUCAAAUUCCACAAUGGUAUGUCCUAAAUUGGGUUCCUAUACUUAUAUCGAUCCAUCUGGUGGAUCGCGUUAAGUUGCUACGAGCUCAACUUGAGGCUUAACUGUCUGUCACGCCUACCGAAUCAGCUAGUGUAAAGAUAAUUACCCCCUAACAGCUUUACUAGGCGUGACAGACAUUUAAGCCAGUUAAGUGAGACACCCCAAGGGAGACAGAUCGAUCCAAAACUAUGUAGGAAUGGUCUCCUAAAUUACAACUUAAACCCAUGGUAUGUUAUGUGCUUUAUGUAGUCCAAGUUAGUAAUUAAGUUUGUUGAGUUAUAUAACAUUGCUGUUGCUUUUGCUUUUUAGUGCUGAAAUAAAACGAAUCAGAAAAAUG